UUCUCUUUUCGUAGCGUCUCUACUUCUUUUCACGUCGAGCCGGUCGGUACAGACGGCGGUGAGCUCAUCGCACGAGAUUGGCCUACUGCUGGAGAGUCUGGCGUCGGAUGGCUUGGCGCUUCGAAGACUUCAGGGAGGAUUUGAUAGUUUAACGUAUGAUACGAGAGCAAUCGACGGGCGAGUUACAUUGAAUGAGUUGGAGACUGUGUUGUCUCUCAAGUUUCAGACCAUCAAAUCAGUUGCGUUGGCACUGAAAUCAUCCAUAGAGGCAGAAUUGGCAACUUCUGGUGGUGGACAUGGUGGUGGACUACAAGAAUGUUGCAAGAAGAGUAUGAGCAGUCUCAAGUAUGAUUCACGCUUUGGUAGUAAGAUUGAUAUCAAUAAUCAGUGUGAACGUCUGUCCGGCUCUGCUGAUCCAUCAUAUUACAAUAUCGGGCCUGCAAUACGUGACAUACUGAAGAAAAACCUCGAAAAUUAUCCGACUCUCAAAUGGCAGUACUUCGGCUCCGAACAAGGCCUCAUCACGUUGUAUCCGUCUUUCCACACGUCAGACUGCAGCACGUACGAUCCAAGGUUUAGGCCGUGGUAUGUUGCUGCUGCUGUGCCUGAACCGAGAGACAUUGUGAUCGUUAUUGACCAGAGUGGGUCUAUGAGCAAUAGAGUUGGAAGUAAAUCGCGAAUGAACUUGGCGAAGGAAGCGGCCAAGAUUGUACUUGAUACGUUGAAUCCUCACGACAAUGUUGGUGUUGUUGGAUUCUCAUCAUUAGCUAAUACAAGAGAUGGCUGCUAUGAACGUUACCUUUCAGAGGCAACAGAAGAGUCCAUUCAAGAUCUAAGGAAUUAUGUUGACCGUUUGACCCCUGGUGGCACGACUGACUAUGUAUCUGCUCUGGUAUUGGCCUUUCAACUGAUUGAGGGAACCGCCCACUCACAAAAGGAUGGAAACAGUAAGAGAGUUAUUCUGUUUCUAACGGACGGAGAACCUACCAAUGAACAUGCAGACAUCAUGAGGACAAUCAAUAAUCACAACAAGCGGCUCAACUACAGUGUCAUUCUUCUUACCUAUGGAAUGAACAUUCCUUCUCAUGGUGAUGCUGCAACAAUCCUCGAAGAUAUGGCAACACAGAACUUUGCUAAACACGGAAUCAUAAACUCCGGAUCACCAACUAUCGGACGAAGUGAUAUUGUUUCAAGCAACGAGGACAUCCGUCUAGAAAUGGGUUCCUACUACUCGUUUUUCGAACCGGACAUUGAGAUUUUCGAGCCAACGAUUACGGUGCCAUACUUUGAUGCGUUCGGACUUGGUCUGGUUACGACGGUGGCCGUUCCUGUUUAUUCGGGGAGUGGCAGUGGACGGAAAUUGGCUGGGGUGAUUGGAGUGGAUGUGACGGUUGCUGAUUUGGUGGAGGAUAUUACGUAUUUUAGACGUGGAGAACAGUCGUAUGCGUUUGUUAUAGAUGGGAAAGGUGUGACGUUAGUGCAUCCACUGAUGCCUGCACCUAUUGAUGUUGCUGAUACUCCAAAAUACAUUAAUAUCCAGUCGUUGGAAUCAUACAAUAGAACAAAGACUGAUAUUUGGUCGUCAAUGAAGAGUGGAGGUUCUGGAUCGCGUUUGGUGACAUCUCAGUGGCCAGUGUCUCGUGGAAACAGCUUGAUUGAGGGAGUUGGUGUUGUUGAAAUGGAUGUUGAGUAUUGGUGGAAACCGAUUGAUCGUACUAACUUCAGUCUUGGCCUUGUGAUUCCUCAACAACACAAAUUCGAGAAAGUGCCCCGUCAGAUCACACCUCAAUCAGGAUCAAACUUUGCGUAUCAUCGCUUCGAUCUGGUUCCACCCAGUGGUACAACAUGCAGUCAGUUUGGACGUCUCGUCGUGCCUGACAAGGUGUCAGUGAAAAUUGCUCCUGAAGGGUUUAAGGAUCCGUUUAAGUAUCUUGAUCUUCCGGAGACGACGUCGCAAGUUGAGGAGUAUUUGAAGUAUUUUAAUGGUCGAACGAGCACGAAUGAGUAUUUCAAACCUACUGUUCGGACGUCGUUAUUGGUUGUCAGCAACAUUGAGAGGGACUGGUUGUCUACUAGGAAUGACUUCACGCCGUACAUUGUGUGGAGGUAUAUUGGGACGCCGGAUGGUGUGUUUAUUGUUCUGCCGGGUAUUCAACAGCCGAAUGAGUAUGACCACACGAAGAGGCCAUGGUAUAAUCGAGCUAUUGCUUAUCCAGGAAAGAGCACUUUGUCGGCUCCUUAUCUCGAUGCAUUCGGAGCCGGCUACGUGGUGACAUUGAGUCACACUAUUGCUCGUAACAGUCUUACAGAUCCUGAAGCGUUAGCUGUAGCCAGUAUGGACUUCACUCUCCCAUACUUCUGGAGGAUGCUGUCAGAGCAACACAGUGACUGCAGACCAGGAGGAAAUUCCAAAUGCUUCGUAAUUGACUCGUCUGGCUACGUCAUCAUCCAUGAGUCAUUUGUUGAUCCUGCAACAGUAAGCAGAGAAGGAGUAGAAGACAGACACGUGACAGAAGUGGAACCUGGUGUUGCGAGAGUGAUGAUUACAAAUAGUGUUUUAAGACGUGGGAAUUGUAAUAAUUAUCAAGACGGUCGUGUGCAGUAUUUUUAUACGGUUGACGAAAAUGACUUCACAGCGUCUCCACGUUCUUGCCCUUAUAUCAAGAAGUUCAAGAUUACUGGUACCAAUGCUCAUUUGGUGGUGGUGGAUAGACUGAAGUGUAGUGGACAACGAUAUAAUGAAUGCAAUUGUCCAACUCCCCACAAGACUACAAGAACAUGCGACACCUCAAUCAUCAACACAUGUGCUUGCCCAUGCUCCUCAACCUUCGACUACAACAAGUGUGUCGGACUAGUCACCCUCAACACACUAAACAACAACGAUAUAACAUGCCCACCUGCUCCACCGCCACUCAACCUUCCGCCAAUCCAACGAACGACCGGUUCUCCCUGCUCUCAAGUCGCAUGCUCUCGUAACUUGUCCUACGCGAAUUGUUUUGGUGUCGUCGGAUGUGAAUGGUGUUCGUACGACAACGAUGCUCGACAGUCGCUGUCCAAUGCGUAUUGUGCUGAUAGUAACGUGUGUCCGUUGGGUGUCGUUGGUGGAGUGACGUUGUAUCCAUCAAAAGCACCGACCACCAACAAUCCAGGAGAAGACAGCACCAAGAGCAGCAGCAGGUCGAACGCUGCUGUGGGAACUGCAGUUUCUGUCGUUGUCGUCGUCGUCGUGUUCAUCAUUAUCACAACAAUCAUAUGCAAGAGACGAAACAGGAACCGACGAUGUAACACACGCCACGAAAACAGAUCGACCGAGCGACCGGCACCGAGCAAUCCGAGUGCUCCUCCUGUACACUACAUGCAUGCACCCGCAACUGCACCAUCAGUGAUGGAAAAACAAGAGGUGCCACAACAUGUUGGUGCUCCGCCGGCGUAUCAUCAAGCUGUUGAUCUACCGCAACCGACUUACCCAUACAACACAUCGAGUUUUGCAUACCCACCACCGUCCAUGCCUCCGGGUCCACCAUACUGACUCUCGUUUGUAUCAAAAGAAUGAAUGGAUCGUACUGCAUUAGUUGCGUAGUUGGAGUGUAAUUUUUGAGCAUCACAAGCAAUUGGUAAUGCAACACUGUAUCAUCCGAUGUUUAGUAUAGGUAUGAAAUAGAAUAAAAUUAUCAAACAUGUUU